CGAACGCGCGUGUAUAAAAGGCAAAAAUGCGGGACGGUAUCGAUGCUCGACAGCCCCCACACGCAGCAACCUGAAAUCCCUUUACCUUAGAUGGCGGGAGAAUAAGAUGCUAGUAGCGAACAGCAGCUCUCAAAAUCCGUCCUCACGAUCUUAAAUAUAAAAGAAAAGAAAGAGAGAAAAAUUGUCUGCUUCUGCGAAUUCUCCUAGCUUCCCAAUCUCAGACACGCAAGCAGCUUCCAGUCAGAUUUCCCAUACGCCGAAGAAGAUGAUACGCAGGUGCAUUUUGGAGGUUUCUUCAAAUCAAUCAUUCGGACGGCUCCCCAGGCAUAUUACAGCUCAGUUGUCUCAUGGAAAGCAGAUGCCUGCAUUUCUUUCUUCAAGAAAGGAGUUCUCUGUUGCACCAAAGAACAACACAACACAGAAAACUGCUCCCCCAGAAAAGCCUUCUGGUACAGGGAGUCAAAUCUCGAAGUAUGCCCUUGGCGGUGUUGCCGUAGGUGCUGCAGUUAUUGCAGCUUACCAGACAGGUUAUAUAGGUCAACACUAUGUUAAAGAAGAGCAGUCUCCUCUUGAAUCCAGCGAGUUUGGUACCGGUAAUAAAAACCUGGAGGAAGUGGAACUUAUGAAAGAUUAUGCAGUUAGUCCGAGCAAUGAAGAACCAAGCAGAUCGAGCCCCAAUGCGGGGGAUGCUACAGACAGGAGCAAGGCUCUUUAUGAUUUCCCCCUUAUCAAGGAAGGUGAAAUUAAGCCACAAGGUGUGUCAGAGAUGUCCCCUGCGGAGGAUGCAGUUCCUGUCAAAGAGGAAGAGUUGUCGACUGCUCCUCAAGGCAGUACGACAAUAAACAAUCAUAGUAGUCACCCUGAAGCAUCAUUGAAAGACGGCCUUGACAUGGGAAAAUCAGAAGAUGGUACUGUGCACCUGAAACCAAGCAUGGAACCGAAUGAGGGAGUUGACAGCAGACCAACUUCUGAAGAAACUGUAGCAAAAGUGGAUUCAUUUGAUCAUGUUAUAUCCAACAACAUGCCAGAUGAUACUCCAGGUAAUGAAACAGAAGGACAGCGCUCCCUUUUGGAAGAAUACCUUCUAACAGAGAGAGAUGAAGAAAGCUCCGAGAUUUCCAAAAGUGGAGAGGUUUCUCCUUUUUCUGCACCUUUUUCAAAUGAAAAAGAGGCUUUGGGAGUCAUGGGAGAGGAUCUGAAGGAUGCAAAGGUGUCCACGGAUGGAAAAUUAGUCCUCGAUUUCAUAGAAGCGAUUCAUGCUGCUGAAAGAAAGCAGGCUGAAUUAGAUAAUCGCAUAUAUAGUGAAGAAAAGAGACUGUUGAAGGAAAGGUAUGAGAAGGAACUGAAAGAUGCAAGGGCUAGGCAACUUAUGUAUGCUGAAGAAACAGCACUCCUGGAGAAGGAGUUAAACAAGGAAAGAGCAAAGGCAGAAUCCACUAUCAAGUCUCUUCAAGAAAAAGCGGAAGGGAAUCUUAAAAUGGAACUGCAACACAAGGAAGAAGAAGCAAAAAUGCAGCUGAAGAAAGCUCAAGAGUUAGCAAAAGCGGAAUUAGCUGCGGCUAUUGCAAAUGAGAAGUCAUCCCAAAUAGAAAAAAUGGCUGAGGCAAAUCUUCAUAUAAAUGCCUUAUGCAUGGCAUUCUAUGCAAGAUCCGAAGAGGCUCGCCAAAGUCACUCUGUUCACAAGCUUGCAUUGGGAGCUCUUGCUUUAGAAGAUGCCUUAUCUAAAGGGUUACCGAUCCAACAAGAAAUAGAUGCUCUGUAUACUUCUCUUGAGGGCAUUGACAGGGACUCACUUCUGGAUUUGGCAUUUUCAUCGCUUCCUAGAGAAACAUUGAACAACGGCACAGAUACUCAAUUACAGUUGAAUCAGAAGUUUAAUGCUUUGAAAGGAAUGUUGCGGCAUUUUAGCCUUAUUCCCGCUGGUGGUGGUGGCCUCCUGACUCAUGCAGUUGCUCAUAUUGCAUCUUCUUUAAAGAUGAGUGAAGAUGAUCAAUCCGGAGAUGGUAUCGAGUCUGUCAUCAGUCGAGUUGAAAGCUUUUUAGCUGAAGGGAAACUCGCUGAAGCAGCUGAUUCCUUGGAGGGAGGUGUCUGUGGCACCCGAGCAGAGGGAAUUAUAAGUGACUGGGUGAGGCAGGCACGGAACAGGGCCAUCACUGAGCAAGCGCUCUCCCUGCUUCAAUCGUAUGCCACUUCUAUUAGCCUUACUACUUGAUUUUGAUUAUCUUUUCUUUUUCAUCUUCUUUUUUUCCCCAGUUACUCUGGAGGCCCUACAGAUCCUUUACUUUUCAUCAUGCUUCUGCUCACAUUGUUGGUUUUUCCAUAUUCCUUUUUUUAAUGAGUGGGAAUGAUUACAGAACUUUUUGCGACUUCCCAGUUGAGUGACUCAAAAGGCAAACUGUUGUAUACAACUGCAAUGGUGGUCCUGUCCAAACAUUGCGGAUAAUCCAAAUCCUUUGAAUAAAAGGUCAUUUUCUUUCUUC